AUGAAAAUGGUUCAGAAACGCACCAUUGAGGUUGUAAUACCACAAAUGACAAGUCAAAGCAUUACUUCAAACACAAAGUCAAACAAAGUUGUAUCAAAGACCAUCCCGACCAUUCCUCUGGCCACGAUUGACGAAGAGAUAGAUUUAUGCAGUCCUAGUCUCCCACGUCGUACGGAUCGCGAAUUACAGAGCAAGUUGGAUGACGGCAAAAUGUCCUCGCUUUCAAGCUUGCUAGGUCAUUUCUUCUCUGGGGCCAGAGAAGAGGAAGAGAAAAAGGAAAAGGAAGAUGCAGAGGUCAUCUGUAGCGCCAAUUCUCCCCCUCUUACGAACACUCAAUUAUUAAACCGCCAUGGAGGAAAUCCUCAAACGUCAGCAAUUUCUCGCAAUAGAGAAGCAGAGGAAAUAAAACGCGAGAUUGACAAUACAAACGAAACUACACUUCCAUGGCGAUCAGAUAUCCAAGUAAGAUUCGAGUUGGAGAGUCACGAGACCUCGAUACGCUCGUCCGCAUCGAGGGAAACGACUCCGCAGAUGACUCCUACUUCUUCAGUAGUUAAUGAGAUGGAAGGGGAUCUUGUUGAUUUACAUGAGGAUGAGGAUGAGGAGGAGGAGGAUGUUGAUGAAGAAGAUGAAGAAGAAGUCCCUCUCCACCACACAGACGAAGAAUUCCACUCCGACGAAUUCGAACCCCAUUUCGCACUCAAAUCCUUCACCAUCGAGCAACAUCCCUCACCCAAACCCUUCAUCAUCCAACAACCAAAUCCCCCCACACAAACCAAGCCCCCCGCUCCUCCGCAACAAACCCAUCCUACUCACCCCACUCUCCACCCCCUGCCCCCCCACGAAAUCUUCCUGCACACCCUCCCCCCAAACCACGCCUCCGUCCCACAAAUCCGUCUCUGGAUCCACAGCUGGUUUUCCGGUCGGGACAUCCCAAUUCAUAUCCCCCGUGAACCUCAAAAUCCCAAUCCCAACAUCAACACCAACAUCAAUCUCAAUCUCCAGCAAUCCAUCAAUUGUAUCUCCUGGAGCGGAGAAGAUAUCCACACUAGCAGUCCCGGAACUUUAGAACAAGAUUUGCGAGGAUGGAUGUUAGGUGCUUACGCAAGACCGAUUGUGCGGGAUAUUGAGAGGGCGAGGAAUGUGGAACGGGAGAGGAGGUGGCAGGUGGCGGUGGGAAGGGUUGCGGAUUUUUUGUAUGGGGCGGUGGUGAUGGGGGUGGUGGGAUUGGUUUUGAUGGUUUGGGUGCCGUGUCCAUGUCGGAGGUAUUGA